CCAAACUCCUCGGACUCCGUCGGAAGUCGAAACAUUGAAUCCCUACCGAUAUAUACGAGAGCUGUCAAUUGGUAGUGGGCAAUGGGCAUGGUGGACUGUGAAUGUCCAGAUAGUCAAAUGGAUCAGGCGGCGUUGCGAGGACCUCGGGAGGAUCGUCUACGCUGUUCGAGGUGUGGAUUGAUCAUGAUUUCCUAUCGUAAUGGUGGAAAGUCUAUCAGCGUAGUGUGCUGUAGCGAGUAUAUCUUCUGAUACCUAUCUCCUUCUGCGAGUUCAUGACGCCUUGUACAAGUACACCGUGUUCGCAGUCAGACGAUAGCUGUGGACUUAUCCUCGACUAGAGCCAACAUGAGCUGGCUCAUAAACAAAAUCCAACUUCCAGAUCAUCACGGCGUUGCCGCCUCUCUAUGGAGCAACGCAGAUCUCAUUCCCCUCCCACCUUCCCGCCGGACAUGGGGUCCUUGGGCGUUCGUUGGUUUCUGGGCCAUCAACAACUUAUGCAUCAGUACUUGGCAAACCGGCUCUUCUCUUUUAGGUCUGGGUUUGUCAGUCUGGCAAGCGAUGAUUGCGGUCAUCAUUGCGCGUAUCAUCAUAUCCCUUGUCGCCGUGUUCAAUGGAUGGGUUGGAGCUAAGUGGCAUAUUGGGUUCUCCGUCAUGAGCCGCUACGUAUGGGGAAUCUGGGGCUCGUACAUCGCUUUGAUCCAGAGGAUUGUGCUGAGUAUCGUCUGGUGCGGAGUGCAAAGCUAUACCGGAGGACUGUGCAUUACAGCCAUGCUGUCGGCGAUUUUUCCAACAUAUCACAACAUGAAGAAUACGCUCCCGGCUUCCGCCCAUAUGACCACCCAGCAGUUUGUGGGAUUCAUUUUGUACAACUUGGCUUCGCUUCCCAUCAUCUACCUUCCGCCAGAGAAGACGAAAGUUCCAUUCCAGUACAUCAAUGGGAUCACUGCGGCAACCAUGUUUUCUAUUAUGGUCUGGGCUCUAGCCACAGCUCACGGCGCAGGCCCAUUGCUGAGUCAGUCAUCGACGUUGCACUCCUCGACGGAGCUUGGCUGGGGCGUCGUGCAUGGGAUCACGACAGUCAUUGGAAGUAUUGCUGUGGGGCUCACGAAUCAGCCGGACUACUCCAGGUUCGCGCGCAAGCCGGGUGACCAAGUUUGGGGUCAAUUUGGCAGUAUCAUCAUCAUUGGCACAAUCGUUCCCUUGAUGGGGUGUGUCACUACUGCCGCAGCUCAGAAGAUUUUCGGCGAGUUGCUGUGGAAUCCUCCGGAUCUUGUGCUGAGAUGGCUCGAUGACUAUUCCGCCAAGUCCAGGGCCGCUGCGUUUUUCGCAGGGCUUGGUUUGUGCAUGUCGCAAUUGGGUAUCAACACUGUCGACAACGCCUACAGUGGCGGGAUGGACUUUGCCGGGCUAUUUCCCAAAUACCUCAACAUCCGCAGGGGUGCAUAUCUUACACUCGCUAUCUCUAUCCUCUUUCAACCGUGGCAACUACUCUCUUCGGCUUCCGUCUUUCUGACUGUGCUCGGUGGUUAUUCCGUCUUUUUGGGACCUUUGGUCGGGAUUCAGAUUUGCGACUAUUGGAUCAUUCGCCGUCAACAGCUGAAGCUCUCCGAUCUCUAUCUGCCUUCUUCCGACAGCAUCUACUGGUACAAAGCCGGUGUGAACUGGCGUACCAUUGUCGCAUGGGUUAUUGGGUUUGCGCCCGCCCUGCCGGGAUUCAUCUCCAGCGUCAACCCGGGUAUUGUCGUUGGUCCUCCUGCCAUGCGCUUGAACUAUCUCGCCUUUCCUCUUGGCUUCGCCAUUUCCUUCCUCGUUUUCUUCGGAAUCAAUCGUAUUUUUCCUCCCCCUGGUCUUGGCGAAGUAGAUGAUAGUGAUGUGUUUGGAACGUUCACAGGUGAAGAAGCCGCCAACAUGGGUAUUGAGUCCUAUCAUGCUGGACGUGGUGAUUUGGUAUUGGAGGGCGAGGCAAAGGACACUUAUAAUGAGGUCGAUGUCGUGGCAAGUGACUUGGAAAAGAAAAUCCCACGAGUGUCUGCAGCUGCCCAUUCGAUGUAGUUCGAAUAGUGUGUUCCUUUUUAGCCCAUGUUACUUUGUUUUUAAGUGCUGAUGGAGGAAUGGAAGCAUUAUAGCUCG